AUGUCUCGCAUCCAGGCCAAGCGACUGCAAAAGGUACAUCGCCAUCCUUCACCUCAUCCGUGAGUACAAUGGCUGACAUUCGCUCCACCUCUUUCUGCCUCGUCGCAGGAGAUCACCGAGGUAGGUGCACAACGUCCCGGCGGAGGACCUGGUCAAGCACGUGGGCGUCUAUGAAUGCUCAUAAAAUACUGCCUUUCUGCAACCAAGAUACGAACGUCAGGUCCACCAGCAGGUAAGGGCUGUCUCAGUCGCGAGUCGAGCCAACGAGGUGGGUAUAUGCAGCUGAGCAUGCUGGGACCCCCACCUCUCGUUGGGAUUUCCUCGCUCUGGCGCAGGCUGCGAGCUAUUACAAGCCGAGGAUCUCGCAGAGUGGAUAUUCAGCAUUCAAGUCUUGGGUGAUGGAACCGUAUAUCAAGGAGGUGAGUCAAACGUCCUUCUCGUUUGGCGCAUGGCUUCUGACUGAGUAUCUUCGCAACCCCCACACUGGUGCAGAGAAAUUCGCAUUGGUCGGUACCAUCCCACCAUGACCGCAAGCAGGCAGAACCUCACACAACCUCACACAUAAACUCACACAACCCACGUUAUGUAUUACUCAGAGGUUUCGGUUCGGUUCGGCCUAUCCCAUCGAUGUCAGUGUGACUUGGAGUCCAUCUCCGCAAAAGCCCCGAGAUCCUAACCCACCUGCGCUUCCUGCUCUUACUCUGAUGCAGAGUCCUGAAGGUGUGUGGAAUCGCUUUACGAAUAGCACGAAGCUCCGGAUACUUGCGGCGAUUGCUCUUGCAGUUGCCUCCGCUCUGGAGUCGCACGUUGUGUUGACGGCUGACUCUAGGUCGCCACUCACCACCGCAGUCACAUUUCUUGUCUCGGAUGGAUGGACCGCACCGUGUCAUCCACACGUUUAUUCAAAUGGGCACAUAUGUGCUAGUGUUUUAGUAUGUCGAUUCCUUCUGUUCACCCGAGUAUGUCCAUCUCGAUCGCGGUUGCCCGGCCUCACUGACGAGUUUUCGUAAACCCGUUUCUCCUCCUCUUCGCUGUACCGCACCAUUUUAGGGAUCGGGAUGGUCGCCCGUGCUCAAUGUGCAGGCACUUCUGUUGACACUACAGUCAAUGCUGGCAUCGUGCAAGCAAAAGGAACGUCCUUCCGACAACGGUGAGUGCUCGGAUAUUUCGAGAAUUCGCUUGACCGCAAGCUGAUCAGGACGUCGUACAUCAUUGUCGAAACUGUGCAAAUUCAACGUGUCCGAUAUGUACAUCGACAUAACCUAGAUCGCUACGUAAGUACCAUAGGCAGAAAUCAUCAUCGGUGUGAGCCGCGCUGGCGAUCGACGAGCCCGCUCUCUGGAGCCUCGGACAAACUCGGUCCAAACCGCUGACGAAUUUGCUCGGGAAUCUCCUCGACCAACAACUCGCGCACAGGUUCGGAACGCCCCCAAGUCGCCUAAAGACGCUCGCUUCGCCUAUCACGACGAUACAGUAUGA